CAGAGUCUGGACCCUACCUACAUAUGGCACUGUGGAUACCUAGAGGCCCCAUACAAGAGAAGGCCCUUGUUUUCCAGGCACUGAGGACCACUGUCCCUAAUUCCUGGCAGUUCCUGAGAUCUCCAGGAAAGCAGGGUCAGCGAGGAGGCCUGGGGAGAAGCAUCCUACACCAGAUCUUGUGGCCUGCUGCCUAAGGGAAACAGGAGACCAUGACGGCUAUGCUAACACUAGAAACCAUGGCCAGUGAAGAAGAAUAUGGGCCGAGGAACUGUGUGGUGUGUGGAGACCGGGCCACAGGCUAUCAUUUCCAUGCCCUGACUUGUGAGGGCUGCAAGGGCUUCUUCAGACGAACGGUCAGCAAAACCAUUGGUCCCAUCUGUCCGUUUGCUGGAAGGUGUGAGGUCAGCAAGGCCCAGAGACGCCACUGUCCAGCCUGCAGGUUGCAGAAGUGUCUAAAUGUUGGCAUGAGGAAAGACAUGAUACUGUCAGCAGAAGCCCUGGCAUUGCGGCGAGCCAGACAGGCACAGCGGCGGGCACAGAAAGCCUCUUUGCAACUGAGUCAGCAGCAGAAAGAACUGGUCCAGAUCCUCCUGGGGGCCCACACUCGCCAUGUGGGCCCCAUGUUUGACCAGUUUGUGCAGUUCAAGCCUCCGGCUUAUCUGUUCACGCAUCACCGGCCUUUCCAGCCUCCGGGCCCCGUGUUGCCUCUGCUCACACACUUUGCAGAUAUCAACACGUUUAUGGUGCAACAGAUCAUCAAGUUCACCAAGGAUCUGCCCCUCUUCCGGUCCCUAACCAUGGAGGACCAGAUCUCCCUUCUCAAGGGAGCGGCUGUGGAAAUAUUGCAUAUCUCACUCAACACUACGUUCUGUCUUCAGACAGAGAAUUUCUUCUGCGGGCCUCUUUGCUACAAGAUGGAGGAUGCAGUCCAUGUAGGGUUCCAGUACGAGUUUUUGGAAUCGAUCUUCCACUUCCAUAAAACCCUGAAAGGACUGCAUCUCCAGGAGCCUGAGUAUGUGCUCAUGGCUGCCACCGCCCUCUUCUCCCCUGCCCCUUCUCCUCUCUCAGACAGGCCCGGAGUUACCCAAAGAGAAGAGAUCGAUCAGCUACAAGAGGAGAUGGCGCUGAUUCUGAACAACCACAUUAUGGAACAACAGUCGAGGCUCCAAAGUCGGUUUCUGUACGCAAAGCUGAUGGGCCUGCUGGCUGACCUCCGGAGUAUAAACAAUGCAUACUUCUAUGAACUUCAGCGCUUCGAGGAGCUGUCUGCUAUGAUGCCGCUGCUUGGGGAGAUUUGCAGUUGAGGCCCAGGCUUGCAUCCUUUCCCCAGACCCCCAGGGAUACACUGGACUGGAAAGGGUACAGCGCUGGACCCCACACAGGAACCAGCAGGAAGGAGCUCGGGAGUGGCAAUGAAACGCUGAACAGUCACCGUCUCUUCGUGCACUCAUCAGUGGGGUGUGGAAUGGGUGGGGGACAGAGAGAAGGGAGGUGGGUGACCACAGGGCCAAAGUAGUUCUCCGGAAACACAGGGGAUGGGAAAGAUGGAAGCCUUGGGGCUAGGAGGUGACUAGAGUUCCUUCUGGGAAUGGGUGGGCCCAUUCUUUGGUCUUUCUGUGGCCAGAGAUUUAACUUUUUAAUCCUCCCUUCCUAAGGGAAGGAGUGGAAGACUGAGGAAUGGAGAAACCAGGAGAAAUGGGAUAGGAGGCUUUUUUUUUUCUGCUCCCUCUUUCCAUGCAGAUUUCUCUGCUUUGAAGAAGGAGUAGUAAUAUCUCAAUCAAACAAAAAUAACAAAAAAAGUAGGGUGAGGGAAGCCAGACACAUCCCGUAGUCCCUCUCCUUUACUCCAGAGCCAUAGAGCUUAUGGGAGAUUAUAGUGGGGCUGAUGGCAGUACUGGGAACCUCAACCCGCUACCUAACUGGAAAAAAUGACUCUGUGGCAGUUCCAGUUCUGAGGAGGACAUCGUCCUGUCCCCCCACCCCCCACUCUGCCCAUGGGACCUAGGAGUCAUCCGGCAAGGUAGGCUCUGGAGAGGGACCAAGUUAGUCUCUGGCCCUAGGGUAUCAGACUCAAAGGUUCCAGCUGCUGCAGAGGCUGCUCCCAGGACAACCUCAGCCCACAGUGAUGCUGAAGCCGCAAUGGAAUCUGUUUCGCCAGUGAUUGAGGAAGGCUCCAAGGGCUAGGGUGACAGGCAGGGGACGCAUCUUCUUCUCCAGCACCGCACCAACACACCAGUUACUAUCCACCAAGCCUGCCAGGGAAAAGUAUAUUGACCCGGUUGAUUAGCCAGACUUGGAGUAUGGAGUCAACAGAAGUAAGGUAGAGCCUCCCUCCCUGUAUAUCCCCAAAUCCCUCACCACUUCUAAGUGUCUCGAAACCCUCACCUCUAAACACCAUAUCGGCUUGGGGCAGAGUCAGGUGGUAACCAAAGGAGAAGGUCGUAUCUUGUAGCCUUGUAUUUGCCUCAAACUCUACUCCAACCUGAACCUGGGAAGCAGGGACAAGAACGAGAGGAGGACCCAUCGCCAUGAAUCCCACAGGAGUUCUGGCAGGGUAUAAGCAAGCUGGAACGCAUGUGUGAAAAUGUAGACCAGAUGAGGCCAGAAAGAAUCAUAGGCCAGAAGCCUGGGAAGACUCGAGGGGCAGAUGAUUCUGAUUGACUGACUCAUUAGGCUGAGAUGAGUUUGGUAGUCUUACCUGUUCAUUGGCCUUGUGGUAAUAACUUGCAUGGGCCCCACCUGACCCAACAUUCAACGUAGCCACCCAGUGGACAGCUGCAGGGUGGGGGAGAACAGAGGGAAAAAACAGUUACCAUUGCAGAUACAGGCAAAGGAACCCCAGGAAAGCCCUGAGUCCCUCCUCCUCACCAUCAUUCACUUGAUCUUGUACCUGAGUACUUCCCAGCCAGAGUCAAGAUGGCCCCCUCUUCUCCUGGCCGCCGAUGAUAAACUAGCUCUCCUCCUAGCACAAGCCGAUGGGUGAUGCUCUGCAGGAAAUGAGCAACCAUGAUCACUGUCAGGGAGAGAGGAGGCAAGAGUCAGGGAGUCAGGCUUACUUUCUUACCAUCUGGUCAUUCCCACCCUAGCCUAGCCAAAAAGUCCCCCCCCCAAGAACUCCGUCCCAGUUCCCCACCUGAUUCCCCAAUCAGAUCCGGAUUUCCCAGGGUCAGAGUGGCUGUGUAGUCAUCUCCCCGAUACUCGCCAUCAAACUGCCAUGUCAGGAACUUGGCCUGCUGUGUCUGGGUGGGGAGAGUAAGCAAUAAAAUACCCUUCUCUCUGUUUAUA